AAAAUCAGUGCUUCAAUUUGCUAGGAGAUGGAUCUGAUUGAUGCUGGACAAGAACCUAUGGGGGGAGACCAACAAGAUGAGCAGCCAGAAGGAGUUAUCCCAGAUGCCACCAGCUUUGAAAGAGAAGUGGAGCCCUGUCCAAGCUGCAGAGCACAAGAUUUGACUGCAAGGGGAAGACCAUGAUGGAGCUAGCCCAGGAGAACAAGAAGGUGAAAAUCUUGAGAUCCUUAAGCCUGCAGAAGAAGGAAGCUGCUAGGCAAGCACAGCUGGGGCAAGAAAAAUCUGCAGUAGCAAAUUUUACCAAGACAAAGGGAACCAAGGUUGCUAACAAGAAAAACAACAAGCAUCCCCUGUCCAAAGAGACUCUAGACUCCAGGAGUGCUCAAGACAUUAUUCGGGAUAAUAACAGGCUUAUGGAUAAAAUAGAAGAAAUCUUGAGAACAGGAGAGGUGAAUAACUGUCUGGACUACUUUUACUAUGUGAAGAUGAACAUGGAUGCUAUGCAGAACAAAGUAAAGGACAUGGCUUCUGUCAUGGAAGGACUCGCGGUAGGCGAUGAAGAAUGGGAGGACGUCUUGAAGGACCGCGGCGACGCACCGCAGGCUGGAGAGGAUGCUGCCACCCCGGCGCCAUGAGCGUCGCUUUGAAAUGGGGUCUCUUCCCAAACGCUACUCGCCGUCCUUUUCUCGCCAUCGAUAGAAAUUGUGUGCCAGUGUACAUACAUGCCCUGUACAGACAUUAAUUCCUCUUUGUGAUGACUAGGUUGAGUUUACAGAGACAUUAGCUAGGUGGUUAAGCAUGGAUAAGGCUCACCCAUGCUUAAGUUUUUGCUUCCACACCGCUGAAAUUCCCUUUGAACUAUUAUUUCUUUUCGACAUCUGUAUAUCUUUUGGACAUCUGGGAUGCUGCUGCUACCGGGUUAUGCUUGUAAAUAUUGAGUAAUUCUCUUUGGACACUA